UUUCCAUCCAGUACUUCUUUUUACAAGGUUCACUUCACCGAGAGUUGCUCAUGAUGGAGGGGGGGAAGAAGAGGUUGGUGGCUGCUUCCGUCUGCGUGCUCGUCAUUCUGCUAUCGGUCCAGCAGCAGUCGGUGGCCGAGGACAUGUCGGGGUUCUGCCGGUGCUACCGCAAGUGCUACACGGCGUGCAGGCUCAAAAGCAACCGGGUGGUCUGCAAGAUUGCCUGCUACUUGGGGUGCACCGGCCAGAACGACCACGACGCCGGAUGCCGGAGGUUCUGUCAUCAGGCCUCGGUCUGCGACACGGCGGCCACCGGCGACGAUGCUAUUACUACCGAAGAAGCUGCGAUCUGUGUGGGGGAGUGCCCCACUUACCGGAGCCGCCGCGGCGGCAAGGCCGAAGCAAAGCACGGCUGAUUGGAGUGAUCAACCGAGAGGCUGCAUGCAUAUGCAUGGAAUCGGAGGUUGAUGAUGAGGGUUGAUGUGAUGUGAUGUCUGACAUGACAGUGCGUGUGCAUCUUAUUAAUUACUACUAGUACUUAUUUUACUUGCAUACAAUAAAUUUCUUGCUGGAAUUAAGAUACUCUUGUAAUUGGUCGCAUCGCCUUGUUACGGCUGGUACUGGUUAUGACUGCGAUGAAGCAAUCCUAUAA